GUACCAGUAAGCUUAAAGACCUCCCAGGUCGAUACCUGCCUACCUAGACUCCUCGGCUCAUUCAGAUCAAUACAAGUGCUGACAAAAGACGCGCGCGUACCUCUGACUGGUUGAGACGUCCCUUCGUCCAGAGAGGAACAGGUAGUUCAGGCAGCGAGUACUAUCUACACAUCACAAGCGUUUGCUGACUGAGGUUGACGUUGAAGAGCCGUCAUACUCUGGCAGUGGGUAGGGACAUCUUCCCCCACAUUCGCUAUAAAACGACAGAGGGAACAGGGUCGGUCUUUAAAGACUUGAUUGACGGGGCGGAGAGCCAUCUUUCACAACACAUAGUCCGUCGGCAGUUAAAAUUGGUAUGGUAUCCGACGCUGGGAACAAAAUGCUAUGGAAGUUCUUCUGCUGCCUUGUCUGUUCUGUGGCCAUUCCAAUCAGCAUAUGCACAGCGUCUGCCGCAGAUGACGUAGCUGAUGAAGUAACGGAUGCUUUUGAAAAAGGCAAUGAUGUGCACAAACGAAGUGCAGAGGAAGACUAUGCUAAAAGACCUUUUGAUGAAUUGGCCAGUGGACUCAUCGGGAAACGUGGCUACACUCCGUACAGACUGUUUGAGUACCAUACCUUCAAACGCCCAUUCGAUCCUCUAGCAAGUGGCCUUAUAGGAAAGAGAGCCCCCUUCGACCCCCUUGCUAGUGGACUAAUCGGGAAACGACCCUUCGACCCUCUUGCAAGUGGCCUUAUAGGAAAGAGAGCCCCCUUCGACCCCCUUGCUAGUGGACUAAUCGGGAAACGACCCUUCGACCCUCUUGCAAGUGGACUUAUUGGGAAGAGAGCCCCGUUCGACCCCCUUGCUAGUGGACUAAUCGGGAAACGACCCUUCGACCCUCUUGCAAGUGGACUUAUUGGGAAGAGGUCACCCUUUGAUCCCUUAGCCAGUGGGCUUAUUGGAAAGAGAGCCCCGUUCGACCCUCUUGCCAGUGGACUAAUCGGGAAACGACCCUUCGACCCUCUUGCAAAUGGUCUUAUUGGGAAGAGGUCACCCUUUGAUCCCUUAGCCAGUGGGCUUAUUGGGAAACGACCCUUUGAUCGUCUUGCUAGUGGCCUGAUCGGAAAACGACCCUUUGAUCGACUUGCUAGUGGCCUGAUUGGAAAACGACCCUUUGAUCGACUUGCUAGUGGCCUGAUUGGAAAACGACCCUUUGAUCGACUUGCUAGUGGCCUGAUUGGAAAACGACCCUUUGAUCGACUUGCUAGUGGCCUCAUCGGAAAACGACCCUUUGAUCGACUUGCUAGUGGUCUCAUUGGAAAACGACCGUUCGAUCCCUUAGCAUCUGGCCUGAUCGGAAAGAGACCCUUUGACCGACUUGCGAGCGGAUUGAUAGGCAAAAGGACCUCAGAUGAUUUCGAGAAACGGCCAUUUGAUCAGUUAGCAAGUGGCUUGAUUGGGAAGCGAGACAUAGAAUGAUCGGUGAAACAAGUUCUACAACAGGUUGUGAAAAAUUAGGACACACAGAGUAAAUGCUAUAUUUUGGACUGAUUUUGACAGACUUUUGUGCCAUUGUGAAUUCGCUCAUACAUGUUGUGAAUUGCAGUAUCAUACUUCAAACAUAUAUAUUACAUAUGAUGUUACUAUUAUUCUGUUAGCAUUAUUCCGAUGCGAGGGGUCAACAUUUCGCAUUUUUUUAAAGUAAAUCAGAACAUAUUAUUUAUUUAUGUAAAGUUGAGUAACAAGCAGGGUAUUGUUCUUUUGUUUUUCACCUGCUACUCCUCCGUACAACGGAACAUACUAACCGAACAAGAUAAUACUUAUUUAGAGUGUUUCAUUAAAGUUAUACUGCGAACUUGUCUUUAAAAAAAAACAACAGCCCAGCUCAUGCACCAUUGGACUUUAUGCGCGCCUUUAACUUUGAUAGCUCAUGCGCUGGGUCGAUAUGUUGAGCAAAUAUGUGAUCCGUGUUAUUAAAAUAUAUGAAUUCUA